CGGCGGCGACGCGGGGCCGGCGGCCGUGCGGUGCCGGGAGGGCGGCUGGGCAGGCUGCAGGAUGCUGCGCGCCGCCCUGUCCCUGCUCGCGCUGUCCCUGGCAGGGGCGGCCGAAGAGCCCACCCAGAAGCCAGAGUCCCCGGGCGAGCCUCCCCCAGGCUUGGAGCUCUUCCGCUGGCAGUGGCACGAGGUCGAGGCGCCCUACCUGGUGGCCCUGUGGAUCCUGGUGGCCAGCCUGGCCAAAAUUGUAUUUCACCUGUCUCGGAAAGUAACAUCUCUGGUCCCUGAGAGCUGCCUGCUGAUUUUGCUGGGCCUGGUACUAGGGGGCAUUGUUUUGGCUGUGGCCAAGAAAGCUGAGUACCAGCUGGAGCCAGGCACCUUCUUCCUCUUCCUGCUGCCUCCUAUUGUGUUGGACUCAGGCUAUUUCAUGCCUAGCAGACUGUUCUUUGACAACUUGGGUGCCAUCCUCACCUAUGCUGUGGUAGGCACACUCUGGAAUGCCUUCACAACAGGCGCUGCCCUCUGGGGCUUGCAGCAGGCUGGACUUGUAGCCCCUAGGGUGCAGGCUGGCUUACUGGACUUUCUGCUGUUUGGGAGCCUCAUCUCGGCGGUGGACCCCGUGGCCGUGCUAGCUGUCUUUGAGGAGGUGCACGUCAAUGAGACUCUCUUUAUCAUCGUCUUUGGCGAGUCCCUGCUCAACGAUGCAGUCACCGUGGUGCUGUACAAGGUCUGCAACUCCUUUGUGGAGAUGGGCUCUGCCAACGUGCAGGCCACUGACUACCUGAAGGGAGUCGCCUCCCUGUUUGUGGUCAGUCUGGGCGGGGCAGCCGUGGGCUUAGUCUUUGCCUUCCUCCUGGCCCUGACCACACGCUUCACCAAGCGGGUCCGCAUCAUCGAGCCGCUGCUGGUCUUCCUCCUCGCCUACGCAGCCUACCUCACUGCUGAAAUGGCCUCGCUCUCCGCCAUUCUUGCGGUAACCAUGUGUGGCCUGGGCUGUAAGAAGUAUGUGGAGGCCAACAUCUCCCAUAAGUCACGCACAACUGUCAAAUAUACAAUGAAGACUCUAGCCAGCUGUGCUGAGACCGUCAUCUUCAUGCUGCUUGGCAUCUCAGCUGUGGACUCUUCUAAGUGGGCCUGGGAUUCCGGGCUGGUGCUUGGAACCCUCAUCUUCAUCCUGUUCUUCCGAGCCCUCGGCGUAGUCCUGCAGACCUGGGUGCUGAAUCAGUUCCGGUUAGUCCCUCUGGACAAGAUUGACCAAGUGGUGAUGUCCUAUGGGGGCCUGCGGGGGGCUGUGGCCUUCGCUCUCGUCAUCCUACUGGAUAGGACCAAGGUCCCUGCCAAGGACUACUUUGUAGCCACCACUAUUGUAGUGGUCUUCUUCACAGUCAUCGUGCAGGGCUUGACCAUCAAGCCACUGGUCAAAUGGCUGAAGGUGAAGAGGAGUGAGCAUCACAAACCCACCCUGAACCAGGAGCUGCAUGAGCACACUUUUGACCACAUUCUGGCUGCAGUGGAGGACGUUGUGGGGCACCAUGGCUACCACUACUGGAGGGACAGGUGGGAGCAGUUUGAUAAGAAAUACCUGAGUCAGCUACUGAUGCGACGGUCAGCUUACCGCAUCCGGGACCAGAUCUGGGAUGUGUACUACAGGCUCAACAUCCGGGAUGCCAUCAGCUUUGUGGACCAGGGAGGCCACGUCUUGUCUUCCACAGGUCUUACUCUGCCUUCUAUGCCCAGCCGCAAUUCUGUGGCAGAGACUUCUGUCACCAACCUGCUGAGGGAGAGUGGCAGUGGAGCAUGUCUGGAUCUGCAGGUGAUUGACACGGUACGCAGCGGCCGGGAUCGUGAGGAUGCUGUGAUGCAUCAUCUGCUCUGCGGAGGCCUCUACAAGCCGCGCCGUAGGUACAAAGCCAGCUGCAGUCGCCACUUCAUCUCAGAGGAUGCGCAGGAGCGGCAGGACAAGGAGGUCUUCCAGCAGAACAUGAAGCGGCGGCUGGAGUCCUUUAAGUCCACCAAGCACAACAUCUGCUUCACCAAGAGCAAGCCGCGACCCCGCAAGACUGGCCGCAGGAAGAAGGAUGGAGUGGCAAAUGCUGAGGCUACAAAUGGGAAACCUCGAGACCUGGGCUUUCAGGACACAGCUGCUGUGAUAUUAACCGUGGAGUCUGAGGAGGAGGACGAGGAAAGCGACAGUUCAGAGACAGAGAAGGAGGACGAUGAGGGGAUCAUCUUUGUGGCUCGGGCCACCAGUGAGGUUCUCCAAGAGGGCAAGGUCUCAGGAAACCUUGAGGUGUGCCCAAGCCCACGAAUCAUUCCCCCCUCCCCUACCUGUGCAGAGAAGGAGCUCCCCUGGAAGAGUGGGCAGGGGGACCUGGCAGUGUACGUGUCCUCGGAAACCACCAAGAUUGUGCCUGUGGACAUGCAGACCGGUUGGAACCAGAGCAUCUCAUCCCUGGAGAGCCUAGCAUCCCCUCCCUGUAACCAGGCCCCAAUUCUGACCUGCCUGCCUCCCCAUCCACGGGGCGCUGAGGAGCCCCAGGCCCCUCUCCACCUGCCUUCUGAUCCACGCCCUAGCUUUGCCUUCCCCCCGAGCCUGGCCAAGGCUGGCCGCUCCCGCAGUGAGAGCAGCGCCGACCUCCCCCAGCAGCAAGAGCUGCAGCCCCUCAUGGGCCACAAGGACCACACCCAUCUCAGCCCAGGCACCACUACCUCCCACUGGUGCAUCCAGUUCAACAGAGGCAGCCGGCUGUAGCCCAGGGUCUCAGGGAGGAGCAGAAGGUGGAAUCCCUGCAGGAAAUGCUCCCUGGGCAACGGGUAGAGCCCUUGCAACUUGACAUGGGGCCAGAGGGGCCUGGGUUGAAGUAGUAAUUGGGCUUCCUUGGGGCUGGUCAGAGGGGUCACCUGAGCUGGUCUUCACAGGGGCCUUUCUCACCACCUCCCUGCUCCUAACCCCUGCCACUUUCUGUUUCAGUAAGGCCUCUACUGUGGCUCAGGACCCAGUCCAGGCCUUCUACGGGCUAGGCCCAGAGACUUGGGUUGCUGCUCUCCCUUCCCUAGUGGGUUUUUCCAGGGACUCUAUAGGCAGCUCCUGCUCCCAAAGCAAGGGCAUCAUUCCUAUUCUUCAGUGGAUGCCAGCCUUCCCUGCCCCUACUCCCUCCCCAGCACUGGGUCAGUGGUGUCCUGGCAGUGAGGCUCCGUGAGAGGAACCGGGGUGGGAGGUGGGGCAGGCCUCACCCUCGGGCUUUGCUGCCCUGUUGGGUCAGCUACCCAUAGUCCAUUUUUUAAGGGCGGUGGGAACUUCUGUCUCCACAUCCUGCUUUAGUCCCUUCCCUUUGCUGCCAGGUAUUGGGGUAAUAGUUCCUCCUUUUCCAAGACCAAGGCCAGGAGGCUGGGUCAGGCUUCAGUUCAGGCCUGUUGCUUAACUGGGGUCACCCUGGGAUCUGCUGCUCUGGUCUAAGUCUGGACCUUUCUGAUCCUUGGGUCUGGGUUUUUUGAGGAGGGGACAUAGUGGCCUCUGGGCUGCAAUGUCACUACCUGAACAUUCCCUAAACAGAGAAGGAACCCAGCAUCUCAGGGCCACUGCUCCACUGCUCUGGGGGCUGGGAUGCCUGGCUAAGCAGGGGCUGACAGCAGGUGACUUUCCAAGGGUCAGCACCUGCCUUGUGUUUUGUACCUUGAACCUAAGAUACAUUAAACAUCUCUCAGAUGGA